CGAAAAGGGACUUCCUUCUGAGGGUGCUGGACUCCCACACUCUCUGCCUUACUUAAGCCUAUCAGCCAGCAGUCCUGCAGCAGGUUUCCUCUUCUGUGUUUUGGCUACCUCCCAACCUCACCCUAGAUCUAGUAAAAGCACUGUACUCUUCAUGAUGUUAGACCGCAUUACCACAGCAUAUCGAGCCCUCCUACGCUUCCUCCCGCCGGAAAUCGUUCUCAUCAUCGUCGAUCUCAGCGAUCUGUCCCUCGUACAAGACGUGCGAGCAGAACCAGUGGUGGUUGAAGCAUUGAUCCCGCCGCGAUACGACGAACACCAAGUCUAUCUCGUGUCGAAACCCAUUCUGCGCGGAUGCAGGCCGGCGGAUGAGGUCAUAGCUGAGGGUGGGAUUCCGCUGCGAAUCGAAAGCGUCGAGUUUGUGACCAAGAGCCGGGACCAGGGAUGGUGUGAUGAUGCUAGUCUGCGAGGUACAUACCGUGGCUUUAGCUGGUUCGAAGCGGCCAUCCUGCGCCUUCCAGAUGACCGCCGACGAGUAUCUUACAAGAAUUACGAACCUGACCUUGAGGUCCCAGUAACCGACCAUCACUACGCGACACGUUGGCUGUUGCAAAAGAACUUUUCCGCCUCUAGUGACAUUCGAGAGCACUCAGUUAUUUGGAGCUCAAAAGAAUUGCCCGUGGGAUCCCCGCAGCUCGACACAGGUGCCGGUAACGGUGAAGGUUUCGUACAGAAACUGAGGCAUGGCGACUGCAUUGUUGUGUAUGCACGAGCACAGCAACUUCGCUGGGCCAACCAUGUCAAGAACGUGAAGAUCGCAGUCAAAUAUGCCGUGGCAUGAGGCCACGCAAGUCGUAGUGCAUUGUGGGCGGAAGGACGGCGCUUUGCCACAGAGGGCUAGGCAGCAGCCAGGACCACCAUCUGCCUCUCGCGACUGAUAUAAGCUCUUGUAUACCGAUGUGGAGCACGGGAAUGUUAUUCAGUCUUUGUCGGUAAUUAUAGUGGAAAGCUGGGUACAGAAUUAGGACUCCGGGCAGGACAAAGAUGACCAUGACGCCGAGGCAGAACGUGCCGAGCCAGGCCAGAAUCAUUUGCAGGUGGCCGGGGAAUCGUCUGCUGCCUUUCCGACCAAGAUUGUCGUGCGCCGCAUCUUUCGGUGGCAAUCACAAGACCCUUGGCUUCACUGAGUCUACAGAUCGAGCCACUGCGAUAAAUUGGAUCUUUGUGUGCAGAUAUGAGAUCAAGAACACGACCCACGAAAACCAAGUAUCACCGUAUCUCUUGGACGACGAUAGGAAGUUUCCUGUAGGAGCCGCCUAGUCCAUCGAGAUAGUGUGGGCAUCGGACAAUCGAAAAUCCGCGGGAACGGAAUCCACAAUCUUGAAAGCAGUGAUAUUGCCGGGAACGAGCUGGGAGAGAUCGAUCACGGGCCAGACACUAGAGCGCUUGGCUUUGGCUCUCGGCGUAACAGAGUCGAUGAGCACUCUAGCCGCAUUUCCUGAGCCGUGUUGCUCAUAGAGCCCGAUGGACGAGUUGAUGAUCAGGAGGGCGAUGCCGAAAAGUCCUACCCGUCGUGUGGGCGUACCCCAUCGUUCGACAGCGUAAUCGCGACGAAAGUGACGGCUUCCACGAUCCAGGACAGAGAAUUCCACAAGAAGGACGAGAGCUGUUGUGAGAGUUCGUGAUGAAGCCCGAUGGCCAGGGCGAACUACAGAACCGCAAGCUUGGAUGCUUGUCACCUUGCUCGAUCGGCUUCGGCAUAAACAUCUGGAAGUGGCGCUCGACGUCCGGUUCAAAGAGACAGAUCUGGUCCAGGUUGAAUUUAACGGCCAAACGCCGUUCUUCAUGUCGAGCGUCUCGAGGUCGACUUUCUCCUGGUUGUACAGAGUUUGCGCAUUGAGCUCAACGACACCCAGAUCAAGAACGUGCAUGCUGGUCGACGAUUUGUUUGUCGGUGAGUAUAGAAUGACACGAAUAGCCUCCGUAUACUCCGGUAUUGUGAGGGAAGAAUCCGACGAGAGGAAAAGACGGCGAGCGGACUGUUUUUAUGGGCUGUCCUUGGGCCAUAUUUGCUGAGAUGCAAACAGACAUGAAUAUGGAGGCAUGGGCUGUUGAAGGAGUACCAACGGGUCAUUCCAUCCCGUCUACGGCGAAGUGAACGUGUCCCGCGACAUGAGCAGUCAGGACCUCGCCCUGCGCUCGAGUUGUGUUUCAAUUGCGAGAUUCAGCAAAUCGCCUGUGAAGCACUGAGAGAUGCGUCGAGAAAUUUCCUUGAAGGUGGAAGCUCCCACAUACACGGACGCAGUUGCUGAGGAAAACGACCACUCGCAGUCUCGAACCAGCCUACAGGCAAGGAACAUUCAAGGCCGCUGCGUCUCAAGAGAGAAAGUUCUCGGACAACUUGGCACGUUCUUGGCAAUUUUGGGAGCCGGCGAAGACUUUCGACAAAAAAACCCACAGUCGGAGAGUCUUUCUAGGCAACCAGCUAUGCAAAACCAUGAGGUAGGAGACGGGCGAGUGAGUAGGUGCGACACGUGACCCUUUG